AUGAAAUUCAAUCAAGCAUAUACAUAUCUGAUACAGCAACUACCUCCUUCAUUAGUGGAAGAAGCAUGGAGACGCCUUACUACUCGAAAACGCAAUCCUUUUACACUACUAGAAGCAUGUGGUAUAGAUCCAGCUAUUGAAGAUUUUUUGCAACAUGAAAUUAUAGUUUAUAAUAGAAAAAAAGAACGCCAACGUCGAAGUUCAUCACCACUUGAAAAUUUAUCACGUGUAUAUAACACAGAAAUGACUAACCAAGAAUCCCAAACCCAAGAUACUAUUCCGAUUUGUACAUGUGAUCAGUAUGAAAAACGGGUUAAUAAAAAUAAAAAAUUACGAUAUGAAAUCGAGCAACAAAAGAUACAAUUACAGGAGGCAGAAAAAUAUCUUGCAUAUCUGAAAUCACGCUCUGUUCAUCAAGUUGACUAA